AGUAAAAGAGAAAACGCAGUUAUUUCACACGAUUUGUGGUGAGGUAAUCAUUAAAAGUCAAACAGUAAAUUUUUCGGAACAUUUAUAAUUAAAAAAAAAUCCAAAAUGCAAGGAAUGAGUUUGAAAUCAUUACAAAAACACAAAGCAUUAAUCCCUUUAUAUUUUUGUGUGGGACUGGGAUGUGCUGGAGCGGUUUUCUAUACUUUAAGAUUGGCUACCAGGAAUCCCGAUGUUCAAUGGAACAGAAGUGGAGAUAUCUCUAACGAAGAAUUUAGAAAGAAGCAGUACAAGUUCUAUUCACCAAACGUUGACUAUUCGAAACUUGAAAGUCCAGCUCCAAAAUAUUAAAAGUAAUUAAACAGCAAAACUAGUAGUUAUAAUGUUGAAUGUAAAUUUUUAUUGUAAUAAAUUAUAAUCCUCA